AUGUGGAAUAACGGCGCCGGCGCCUCCCAUCAUCCUGGGUCAGCCGGUGCGCCAGGAUACAACGAAACAAUGGGUCCUUAUGUUCCAUACGCCCAAAUGGAGGGAAACGCGGCGAUGUAUGAUCAACAGCGGUACAUGUUAGCUCAACAGCAACAGCAGGUACAACAGCAGCAGCAACAACCGCGUGAAAUGGGCUACCAGAUGCCAAUGGGUGUCAACCAAGUUCCUGGACAAUCGCAUCCAUUGAUGCGAUACCAAUACGGACAAAUGCAUCCGUCGCCAGCAUAUCAGAACCACCAAAUGAUGAGGGCUGGUGCUCCGAUGGUUUUUGGAGCGCCUCAACAUCCACCACCUACUGGUCAUCCGAGCUAUGUGAAUAACGAUGGUCGUAUGUGUGCACCGCCCGAAAGAAUGGUUAUUUUCAUGGUGGAAAGGCAAAUGAUUGAGGAAAAGAGAAUUACAACGGAAUCAUCACAAGUUUACUUCUAUGUUACCCCAGAAGAGCAUGGAAACCCCAACUAUGAGGUUAUGAUCACAGUGUGGGUGUUGGAACCCGACCAACCACUUCAAGCAUCUGCCACCGUGGCUCUCAACGGCACAGCCGUUUUGGCUGCUGACAAGCCUAUAAACUACGUUUCCGUCAAACGAUUUUGCGUCAUCGGACAGAAUAGUCUAACUUAUCAAUGCACUGGUUCGGUGACCAAGUUUAUGGUGGCCGCUGAACUUGUGGUUCGACGAAACCUUCAUGACGCGCAACUUCAUUUGCGCGAUCGUCUCGAGAUGCCACUUGUUAGCAUGCCGAUGCAGCAGAGAAUCUACAACUCUCGAAUGAAUUUAGUUUCGUUCGCUCAGAAAACGACGAAUGGCCAAAUAAUGAUUCCGUUAACUUGCCCGUUGUCACACCGGCGUAUGGUUCUGCCUGUUCGCCACAAAUUCUGUCUUAGUCCAAAAAGUGUUGAUCUCACCUAUCUUCUAGCCGCGAAUCCACAACUCACACGUCUUUUAUGCGUUCAUUGCCAUACCUUCUACAAAAUGUCCGACAUCGAAUAUGACUUCCUUCUUUAUCAAAUGGUCCAGCAAGCAACUCAGCAUCCGGCGAUUCCGUUGGAGGUUGUCGUCGGACGCAAUAAUGAGCUGAUGGUCCGGGAUGAUUCGCAAUUGAUGGCGAUCAAACAGGAGCCGAACACCCGACGAAAACGUCAAAACACCGCCGCUGCUCCGGUUGUUGAAGAUGGACAACACGUCAUCAAGCGAAUCAAGAGCGAGAUUAUCGUCAAGAAGGAAAUCGCGGACAACUCACCGAUGCCAGUGAGCGUACCAUGCAACGCCGAUUUGCCACGAAUGGGUCCCGCCACGCCGGCCACUCCAUCGUUCGGCAACAAUCCGUUGUCGACGGGCUCUAUUCAGAACCUGCUGUGUUCUCCCCGUCAGACUGUUAUGGUUGGAGAUCAGAGGCCAUCAUCGCUUACAGCCCCUGGAUCUGCGCCAUAUACUCCGGCAUCGGUUGGCAGUUUGGAGAAAUCGGCGGAUUUGUUGGCCUGCGUGGAAACGAAGGAUUUGAUCGGCUUCCAGCAGUUCGCAAUAAUCGAUAGCGAGGCUAAACUGCGCCAAUAUCUAUAUGGUACCAAAGAUGUCACAUUUGAAGACGUUGACACAAAGCAACUGUUGUUUCCUGAGGAAACUCAUCAACAGCAAACUGUCUCAAGCACCACAGUGAACAGUAUCACACAGUUCACACCGCCGUGGGAAGGCGCUAAAAAUUGA